GCUGAAACUUGAGGCAGUAUUUUAACGUCUUCCAACCUGGCGAAUGUCAUACCUGUCAAAAUUUGAUUGCAAAUCAGCUAGAGUUAAAGGAUUAGCUUUCCAUCCUAAAAGACCAUGGAUUCUUAGCAGUUUGCAUACAGGAAUUAUACAGUUAUGGGAUUAUCGAAGUUGUACGCUUAUUGAAAAGUUUGAAGGACAUGAGGGUCCUGUUCGUGGCAUCGACUUCCAUGCCAAUCAGCCUCUGUUUGUUUCAGGUGGAGAUGAUUAUAAAAUCAAGGUAUGGAAUUACAAACAGCGAAAGUGUUUGUUUAAUCUGAUUGGUCACUUGGACUACAUAAGAACAACAUUCUUUCAUAAAGAGUAUCCGUGGAUCUUAAGCGCUUCAGAUGAUCAGACAAUUCGUAUUUGGAAUUGGCAGUCACGAGCUAUAGUAUCUAUUUUAACUGGACAUAGCCAUUAUGUUAUGUGUGCUCAAUUCCAUCCAAAGGAAGAUCUUAUUGUAUCAGCAUCUUUAGAUCAAACUGUGCGCGUCUGGGACAUGUCAGGUCUGCGGAAGAAGAGUGUAGCUCCGUCGUCAUUGUCAAGUAUCGAGGACCACUCGCGACAUUUCACAGGAUCCUCCAGUCCUGGUGUUUCUGGUUCAAAUCUAUUUGGCCCAAGUCAUACAGAGUUGUUUGGAACAACUGAAGUAAUUGUUCGUCAUGUGCUUGAAGGUCACGACCGUGGGGUGAAUUGGGUAGCUUUUCAUCCAACUUUACCAAUAGUUGUAUCUGCAGCAGAUGAUCGACUUAUUAAAAUUUGGAGAAUGACUGAAUCAAAAGCUUGGGAGUUGGAUACACUUCGUGGUCAUUUUAACAAUGUUAGCUGUCUUGUGUUUCAUCCCAGACAAGAUUUGCUACUUUCUGAUUCUGAAGAUAAAUCUAUCAGAAUAUGGGAUUUAGCCAAACGAACUUGUGUGUCAACUAUUCGUCGAGAUUCAGAUAGAUUUUGGGUUUUAAACGCUCAUCCAAAACUAAAUAUAUUUGCUGCUGGUCAUGAUACAGGAUUUGUUGUUUUCAAGUUGGAACGUGAGAGACCUGCAUUUACAGUAUAUAAAGAUUAUAUGUUCUAUGUGAAGCUUCCUCAUUUGAGACGAGUUGACUUUGCCGUUACCAAAGAUGUUCCUGUUAUACAAUUACGAGAAGGUCGUGGUCAAGCUGUAAGCGUUGGUUACAAUCCAAUUGAGAAUGCCAUGUUAGUCUUGAGUCGGCCGCGUCAAAGUGAACUAAACUCAUCAGCUAAUAUCUCUAUAACAAGUGGAACCAGUAUGGUCUAUGAUUUGUAUAUGCUACCCAAAACAAUGGGUAGUAGUAAUAUUCAACCGGAACAUGUUGAAAGUCGAUCAGGUAGCGGAAUCGCUGUCGCUUGGAUUGGUCGUAAUAGAUUUGCAGUUUUAGAAAGUUCUGGAUCAAUUGUUAUAAAAAAUCUUUCAAAUGAAAAUGUUAAAAAAGUAUCUUAUUCUGGUGUUGAUCAAUUUUUCUAUGCUGGAACUGGUAAUUUAUUAAUUCGUGAUUCUAAUGGAAUCAGUCUAUGUGAUGUUGCAAAUAAACGUACUUUAUCAACAUUGAAACAUAUCAAGUACAUUCGUCAUGUUAUUUGGUCACCUGAUGGUCAAUAUGUUGCUAUGUUCACUAAACUAUACCUUUAUUUAUGCGAUCGACAUCUGGAAGUCAAAGCUACUGUACAUGAAACUGUUAGAAUUAAAAGUGGUGCUUGGGAAGAACAUGGCGUUUUCAUCUAUACAACAAGUAAUCAUAUUAAAUACUGUCUCCUAAAUGGGGAUUAUGGAAUAAUUCGGACACUUGAGCUACCUGUUUAUAUUACACGUGUUCGCGGCAAUUCAGUAUAUUGUAUAGAUAGAGAUUGUUCACCACUUGUAUUCACCAUAGAUCCAACAGAGUUUCGUUUCAAAUUAGCUCUAGUUAAUCGUCGAUAUGAAGAAGUUCUUCAUAUGGUUCGUAAUUCAAAUCUUGUCGGGCAAGCUAUAAUUGGUUACUUAGAAAAGAAAGGUUAUCCAGAAGUCGCACUACACUUUGUCAAAGAUACACGGACAAGAUUUUCAUUAGCUAUGGAUUGUGGUCAAUUAGAUGUUGGUUUAGAAGCUGCUCAAGCAUUGGAUGAUAAAGCUUGCUGGGAAAGACUUGGUGAAUUAGCUCUGAAACAAGGUAAACUACAGUUAGUCGAAAUGACUUACCAACGAGUUAAAAAUUUUGAUAAACUCACAUUCCUAUAUUUGAUUACUGGAAAUUUGGAAAAAUUAAGAAAAAUGAUGAAAAUUGCUGAAAUUCGAAAGGACACAUCAAGUCAUUAUCAUAUUGCAUUACUUUUGGGUGAUGUUGCUGAACGUGUAAAACUACUGCGUAAUUGUGGACAGGAACCACUUGCCUAUCUUACCUCUGCUACACACGGUCUUCAACAGGAAACUAAAGAGUUGGAGGAACAACUCACCGCAUUAUCAUUACAAUCUGUACCGGUUGAUUCAAAUGUUUCUUUUGUACCAGAAAUUGAUCCAAAUGCUAGUUUAAUAAUGCCAUCACCACCUAUCCUUCGAGCUGAUAAAAUUACUGAGGGGAAACCUUCAGAAACUGAUUGGCCUCUUCUAAGUAUACAAUUAGAUUUCUUUGAAACAGCAAUAGCUCAACGUCGAAAUGCUGCAUUAAAAUCAAAUAAUAAAAAUGAUGAACAAGAUAACAAAAUAAUUGGUGCUUCUGUGGCAUCAGCCAGUUUACUUUUAGACACAGAAGAUGUACCUGAAGGCGCUUGGGGAAAAGAUGCCAAUCUUGAACUUGAUGAACCAAAUGAACUCGAAGAUGAAUUAGACAUUGGUGGUGAUGCAGUAAAUUCAAAUGAAACUGGUGAUAAAAAUCCAGAGGAUGGUGGUUGGGAUAUUAAUGAUGCCGAUUUGGAGUUGCCAUCAGAUCUUCAAAAUUCCAAUGCGGUUUUAACAAAUAAAAAUGAGAAUGUAUAUGUUGCUCCAUCACCUGGUCGACCUAAUAGUUAUUUGUGGAGUGAAAAUUCUAAUUUACCAGCUGAUCAAAUUAUGGCUGGAAAUUGGGUGAAUGCAAUGCGUCUACUCAAUGCUCAGGUUGGAGUUGUCAACUUUGAACCGUAUAAAACAAUUUUUAUGAAUUUGUUCAGUGCAUCUCGUAUAAUAUGUACGGCUUUACCAUUGGUACCAUCACAAUUUGCAUAUCCUCAACGCAACUGGAAGAAGAUUUCGUCAACAUCUGCUUUACCAGCUCCUGUAAUAAGUUUAAAUGAAUUAAUAACUCGUCUACAAACGGCAUAUCAAUUAACAACUAAAGGGAAAUUUCAAGAUGCUAUCAAUCGUUUCCGAAUAAUUUUAUUAUCUAUUCCAUUAUUGGUAGUUGAUUCACCAUCGGAAGAAUCCGAAGCUCGUAGUUUAAUCAAUAUUUGUAGAGAAUAUAUUGUAGGUUUAUCCAUGGAAAUGACACGUAAAUCUAUGCCAAAGGAUACAAUAACUGAACAAAUUCGCAAUGCUGAAUUAGCAUGUUAUUUUACACAUUGUCGUUUGGAGACACCACAUCUUAUAUUAACUCUUAGAACAGCAUUGAAUUUAUUGUACAAACUGAAGAACUAUCGAUCUGCUGCAACUAUGGCAAGACGUUUAUUAGAUUUGGCACCAUCACUAGAAGUUGCUCAACAAACACGUAAAAUUUUACAAGCAUGUGAAUCUGUAACACCAAAUGAAGAUUCGCAUGCAUUAAGUUAUGAUCCUCUAAAUCCUUUCGAUAUAUGUGCUGCUACUUAUACUCCUAUCUAUCGUGGUAAAGAUUCUGUACGUGAUCCUCUAAGCGGAGCAUACUAUGUACCAACGAUGAAGGGUCAACUAUGCCGUGUAACUGGGGUUACAGAAAUAGGCAUUGAACAUCAAGGGUUAGUAAUUCGAUCAAAUCGUUCUUAACAAUUUGAUGGUCUUUGAUCAUCUACAUGUUAGUUUAUAAUAAUGAAUGAAAUCGGCCUGUAUGUCUAAAUGAUUUGAUAAUCCCUCAUUUGUGCUCUGUGAUCAUUUCUCUCCUAUCAUCUUUUUGUUUUGCUCUUUAAUAUAAGAAACUGUGUAAUUCAUUUUUGGUUUGGUCUGUAUUUGCAAAAUAAAAGUUUUUUUAAAUAUUUAUUGUAUACUACUUUUUUUAUGCGAUAAAAAAUUGUAGUUUAUAACAAAAUUUAACGCUUUCUCUGUUCAUUAAAUAUACCAUGUUGGAUGUUGGCAGAAAAUUUAAGCUGAUAAUAAAU